AUGAACACGAGGACACUAUCAGUCAUUGUUGGCAAGGAGGACGGUGAGAUUACUCUGAAGUGCAGCACCCAGUUUCAGGGAGCUGUAACCUGGAGACACGACGAUGACCCUGUGCCUGCGUCCGGGUACAACGUGAUGAACGGACACAACCUGACACUGCACAGCCUGGACUCCGAGGGCAGCCCAGGAAACUACACCUGCUGGGGCAACGACCAGCUGCUGGACCACUCCUACCUGGUGCUGGAGCAGGAGGAGGAUGAGGAGGAUGAGGAGGAUGUCCGCCUCUCCUGCUCAGCCAAGACCUACAGCUGCUCCUUUCACUGCACUUGGAGACUGACGGGCUACGACGUGGCCAGGGUGAAGCACCAGCGCAGCGAGGCCAGAGGAGGCUCGUCCUGGGAUCUCGGCACUCGGAUGCAGGACGGGUUCCACUUCCACCUGUUGGACCUGAGCUCACCCUUCACAGAGGAGGACAGACCCAUCCGCCUCACUGCUGAGGCGCUGAGCGGCCAGCGCUACAAGAAACACCAGCUGAGAUUCUUCCUUCGUGAAAUCAUUGAGCCAGACGCGCCAGAGAUAAAGGACUGUGUGCGGACUGGGGACAGCCUGAACGUCUCAGUGGAGCCCCCCUCCUCCUGGGCCAAACCGCAUAGCUACUUCCCCCUCGAACCCGAGGUUAUGUACGAGAACAAGGAUGAUGGCAAGAUAGAGCGCUCCAUGAACCUGGUCAUCCCCAAGGAUAUCACAAGGCUGAGGGUGCGUGCCCGAGACCCCUACUUCAAUUCCUCCUGGAGCAAGUGGACCCCCUGGAAAAAAGUAAUCCAGUGAUUUUAGUGUCAGGGUCACAGGGUCAGGGCCUCUGCACACAGCUCUGCAGUAAGAGCAGCAAUAACAAUCAUAACAGCACGGUAAAGCCUUCCUUACUCCUGUCAUCUGUCUUGCUGUGUGCAUGUCCUCUUCUACCCUUUUUCAUU